CUUCACCUUCUCCAACAUUAACUUUCUACUCGGGUUUCCUUAUCUCCCUCGCUUUGUUAAUAUGUCAAAAUCAAUCACGACUCCUUCUCUUGUGGAGAAGAAACAGCUCAGGAAGCCUGCACAGGCUAGUUCAAGGAAAGGGUGCAUGAGAGGCAAAGGAGGCCCAGAGAAUGCACUCUGUACUUAUAAGGGUGUUCGCCAGAGAACUUGGGGAAAGUGGGUAGCCGAAAUUAGAGAACCCAAUCGUGGUGCCCGUCUCUGGCUUGGUACCUUUGACACCUCCCAUGAAGCUGCCAUGGCUUAUGAUGCUGCCGCUCGUAAACUAUAUGGCCCUGAUGCCAAGCUCAACCUGCCGGAGUUGCACCUCAACAAUAAUCGAUUUCCAGCCCCUUCUGGCCAUACCCAGGUUUCCCAAGUCUAUAUGGGAAAUGAAUCCCAACUCUUGGAUGAUUCGGAUGCUACAUGCUCAUCAAGCAAUCCAAUCAUAAGGUCUAGUGAAAUGAAGUCGACCUAUUUUCGAAAGUCGAUUAUGUCUUUCGCUGAUGAGAACGUGGAGCCCGAUGACAAGGUAGCAGAAAAUGAAGGAAAUAUCGACGAGUUAUGGGCAAAUCUAAACGUGAAUCUUCCGUUGUUUGAUGAUUCAAUUUGGGCAGAGGCAGCAAUGUCAAUUGAUUUCCCGGCGAUUGAUAAUCCAGGAAUUAUCGGUGGAAACCUGAUGGAAGGCACGGGGUGGGACGCGUUGCAGACUCCGUGGUGCAUGUGA